UUUUAUAGAUUAAAUAAUUUUGUAGAAAAUGGAUAAGAAGCAGAAACUAAGAUAUUCAAGGCAGAUCAAGACUUAUGGAAGAGAUAUGCAGCAGAGACUGAUGCAAAUGAAAUUUUUCAUCUAUGGAGCUAGGGGACUUGGAGUAGAAGCUGCAAAGCAUCUCAUACUCAAUGGAGUAGACGCUGUUCAUAUUUGAGACCCAACACAAGCUGAAGCUAGAGACUUUGGAUCUAAUUAUUUCCUUAGAAAAGAGAAAAUGACUGAAGGGAUAACUAGAGCUGAAGCUAGUUUGAAACAGUUAAAGAUCCUUAAUAAUGGAGUUGAAGUCAAAGUCAUCCCAGAACUAGAUUUAACUGAAAUUAUUGAAGGAGAAUGCAAAUACAACUGUGUUAUUGUCACAGAAGCUUAUGGGCUGAAUUGGGAGGAAGAUAGCCAGGAUAGUUUAAAUAUUUACAACCUUAACAAUCUGUGAAGGAAGCAUAACAUCUCAUUUAUACUUGCUGAAGCAUUAGGGUUUUAUGGAUAUAUUUUCAACGAUUUUGGAGAUGAAUAUAGGGUCCAAUCGACCGGAAUUGAAGAGGAACAAAUAGCCAUUAAGGAUAUGACCUACUCACCAGAAUGUGUAAUCACUACUAGAGCUAAAUGCAGUGAGUAUUUUGAAGAGGAUGACAUUGUCGAAUUUUUGAAUCUUGAAGGGUCUAAAGGGAUACACAUGCUCAAUGAGAAGGAAUAUCAAAUUUUGGAGCUUGUUGGCUCAAAUAAAAUUAGAAUUAAUUGAGAUACUUCAAAAUAUUGUGACUUUAGAAGAGGAGCAAAAUUAAGCUUGAAGAAAAGAGGAGAGACAAUGACAUAUCUUCCCUUAGAGUCUUCUCUAUCAGACCCAAAGAUUUCUGACGUCUGAGGUCUCAAGAAGCACACCUUCUUUGCUAAGCUGUUGCUGGAAUUUAGAAAAUUAGCUCAGAAGAGUGAUGAUAUUUGUGCAGACGAUUGACAACAAAUGUUUGAAUUAGCAACUUCUCCAACCUUUAGAGACAUCUACAGCUGUGAAUUUGGUGAUAAGUUUGACGAAGAGAUAACUUUGGAAGUCAUCCAGAAAUUUGUAAGGACAUUAAAAUCCGAGUUAAUUACAAUAACUUCUAUUAUCGGAGGAGUCAUUGCAUCAGAAGCUUUGAAGUUAACAGGAAAGUAUACUCCUAUUGAUCAAUGGUUUGGAUACGAUCAGGUGAAAUAUUUACCAAUAGAUGUAGACACUUUUGAAGAAGACAGCAGAUACUAUGACUAUACUGUGGCAUUUGGCAAGGAAGUGCAAGAAAAUAUUUCUACUUUAAAUGUAUUCGUCCCUGGAGCUGGGGCUAUAGGUUGAGAAGUUCUAAAGUGUUUGGCUUGAGGAGGAUUUGGACUUGCAGAUCAUGAUGGAAAAAUUACUCUUGUGGAUUUUGAUACUCUGGAGAUCUCUAAUUUGAACAGACAAUUUCUUUAUAGAGACUCAGAUAGAAGAAAGUCAAAAGCACAAGUAGCAAAGAAAAGAAUAAAAUUGAUCAAUCCUGAAUUAGACAUUGCCUCACAUAAAAUUAAGGUAGAUUUAGACACAUAUUCGCAUGCAAUGUCGUCUGAGUUUUGGAGCAAGCAAGAUCUUUGCAUCAAUGCAUUAGAUAAUAUAAAUGGAAGAGUUUAUUUAGAUGUAAAAUGCAUAGAACAUGAAAUUCCAUUUUAUGAAUCUGGAACUGAAGGCCAAAUGGCUCAUACAAGUGUCAUCAUUCCUUUUAAGACUAAUACAUAUACUGAUUACAAGAUCAUAGCUCCAAAGGAGCAAAAGAAAGAAACUAUUCCUUUCUGUACUCUCAGAAAUGAGCCCCAUACUAUAAGUCAUUGUACAGAAUGGGCUCUCUCUAAAUUUAAUGAUCAUUUUGUAACUGGGUUGAGAGAUAUCAGAAUCUUCUUGGAUACAACCCUGUCUCAGCAUGAUCUUACAUAUGGACAAGUAACAUCUUUAGUGCAGAGCCUUCAAUGGAUGUACGACUAUGGGCUUGAGAUCAGCCUUGAAUCAUGCCUAAAAUUUGCAUUGUUAGAAUUUACUAAAUACUUCCACACAGAAAUCUUGAUCCAAAAAGAGUCUAAUAAAGGACAGAAAGAAAAGCAAAUCAAGGAGAAGAUGGAUUUCAUUAGUAUUGCAGACCCGAUUCCAAUUGAAUUUGACCUCGAGUCUGAUGAUAUCAACCCUGACAAAUCCCCAUUUGAAUACGUUUUCUGAUACGCCAUGAUAAUCUUCAUGGAGUAUGGAGAAGGCUGUCAAGAAUUCAAAAUUGAAGAAUUAAGACCUAAAGCUAAAGAGCUAGUUCAGAAGAUGAUCAAUACUCCUAAAGAAGAGAAGAAGUGCUAUGAAGAUGAUGAUGAAGAGGAAGAAAUUAUUACAGAAACACAAGAAGAGGAGAUCGAGGAUACUUCUAUUUCAAUCCCUAAGCAUGAUGAUGUACUCUUACAUGCAGACUUCAUUGAUAGGUUGGUAAAUCUUAGAGAGACUAUAAAGAAGGAUCCUAGAUCAUUUGAGUUGAUUAAAAAACUUGGAAAUCAGAUAGUCUUAGAUAAAGAUAAUGAAAUUAUGCUUGGAUUUGUACAUAGUGCCACUUGUCUCAGAGCUGCAAACUUUGGGAUCCCUCAUGACCAUCUUACUCCCGAGAUGACACAACUUGAGUGAGGAAAAAUAAUUCCUGCUGUGUCCACAACAACUGGAAUUAUUACUGGAUUUUUGCUGAACGAACUCAUUAAAGAGAGAAUAGGAAUUAGCUCUAAUGAGGAUCUACAUGAAUACCAAGUUAACCUCUCAGUCCCAUCUGUAAUGAGGAAUGAAUUAGAAUCUGCUAAGUUCAGACAGAACAAUGUUGAUCUUAGUUCAGAUUUUGAUUUUAGAAUCCCAAAAACUCCUAAUCCAACAGAGAAUGGAACUAUGAAUACAGAAGGGUUUUGGAAUGCUUGGCAUAAAGUUCCUUAUGAUGGAACAGUGACCAUUAGAGAAUUAUAUGACUAUGUUGUUGAAGAAUAUAAGGAAACUCCUGUAAUGUUUCAAAUAUUCCCUAACUUUGUGAGCAUUGACAAUGUCCAAGACAAUGAUAGAUUUGAUCAGCCUUUACUCAACGAGUUUUUGGAUGUAGUUAAUCCUUACUCAGAUGACUAUUGCGUUGUACAUACAGCCUUUGACCUAGAAGAAGCAGAUUCAAAGCAGAUAUGCAUUCCGAGCUUCAAGCUUGAUUUGAAAAAGUACUGUGAGGCAUUUCCAAAAGAAUAGUGAAAAGU